CUUAGGAAGUGUUUUGUAUCGGACUCUCGGGCUGCGUGAGAUGGCAAGCCAAACAUUUUAUGUCAACUUUUAAGCCCUGACUCGAGGGGGCUGGCACCAUACCAUGGAGCAGCGUCCUUUAUCACAUCAUCCUACAAAGCACGGGGCACAACAGAAACAUGUACCUCCUCCUCCACAUCCGUCAAAGAGGAAUUAUAAGUUACUUAUUGAUCCAGUCCUUGUUAAUGGUGCAAAUAAACUUUAUAGAUUUGAGGGAAUUGUAGAAGGUGACCCCACUUACCCACCUGUUGUGCUCCGGGAUCCCCGAAAACAAAAAAUAUGGAUUCGACCAGAGACUAUGGAUUUAACUGUUCCCCGAUUCAAGAUUGACUCCGAUUACGUUGGUCCACCACCACCCUUAGAAGUCACCAUAUUUAACAUUAAUGAUAACAUUGAUCGACAGUUUCUUCAUAAUGAAAUUGUUAAUAAGCACCAGUGUGGCUCUAUACAGCAUCUGGAUAUCUUCACACAUGAACUCUCUCGAAAACAUCUUGGAGUGGCGAGGCUCGUAUUUGAGGAGCCAGAAUCUGCAAGACAUUGUGUCAAGAAGCUUAAUAAUGCUACUCUUAUGGGAAAAGUUCUUCAGGUGUUCCUGGAUCCCUUUGGGGAGGAGUGUAAAAAGCGUGUGGCAGAGGUUGGACAGUUGUUGGAGGAAGAGGCCAAGAGGGAUGAAGAGGCUAAGGAAGCCAAGAAAAGACCACCACCAUCUACCAAACCCCCUCCUCCUGCUUCAGAUGAUGACAGUCAAUCCAGUAGAGAAAGAGAAAGACGAAACACUGAGAAAGAGUUUGACCGUAAUAGGUAUGAAGAAAGUAGAAAGCCUAGCUGUAGUGUUAUCCAGACACCUUCCUCCUCUGUCAACUCAACAGUACCUGCUGCAUUCUACCAAGAGCAGAGACAGCCUCAAUAUGCAUAUCAACAGCAGAACUUUGCAAGUUAUGAACAACAGUAUCACCAUUAUCAGGGCUACCAAUAUCAAGAGUUCAGAGGAACGUUUCCUACAAGUGUUCAAGCAUCUCACCACUGGAAUACAGCAGGUACUACUGCUGCAGCAGCUGCUGCUGCUGCCGCUGUUGCUGCUGCCGCCGCUGCAACUGCUGCUGCUGCUCCUCCACCUCCACAGCCAUGGUCAGCUCACCCAUCAAGUCAUGUCACAGCGCAUGCACCACCACCUGACCAUCACACAGCCAAUUCACGGCAAUCCUGGGAUACAUCUCGAUACCAUUCCCUUGAAUAUCAACGCAAUUCUCACAAUGACAGUCCUUUCGAAAAUAAGACUGUUGCUGGGAGAUCAAAACUUGAUGACAGACUUGAAAACAUUGAACCUGCUCUUAAUUGCAAACCUAAACAUGAAUCAGAGGAGGAGGAAGACAAAUCCAAUUUGGAUUUGGACACAAGAAUUGCCAUGCUGCUCCAAAAUAAAGCGCCUACAUUCCUUGCUCUUGGGUUGGGAAGUGAUGAAGAGGAGGAGAAAAAAGAGGGUGCAAAUCAAGAGGAGAAGAAAGUGAAAGACAAGGAAUCUAGUGUUCAAACAACUUCCAGUAGUAGUGUUUCUAAUUCAGAUGUAGAGUCCUCCUCAGACACAGGAAGUGAGAGUGAAGUUGGGGAAGGCUCGAAAGACUCUAGUGGGGGAGAGGGUAAAUCUAAAUGGGCUAUGCUUGAAAACAUUUUGGAACCGUUAUCAACUCCACCGUCUCCAUUUAUUUCAAAUGAAAUGUAUAUAUAUUGGCAUGAAAAGGGAAAUGAACUAAAAAUGGAGGCGCAGAGAAGAGAAAGAGAGGAAAAUAGGGAAAGAUUAAAAAAGUUAAAGAGAAAGAAAGUUAAAAAAAAAGAUAAAGAAAGAAAAGAUAAUGUUAGUAAUAAAGAUGUAAAAAGUGAAGUGAAAACAGAACCUGUGUUAGAAGAGAGUCAAGUGAAUGGAAUAGAUGAUGAUAGAAUGAGUUUAUCUAGUUUAAGUUCAACUGAAGACCCAAUUUUACAUCAAGAUGUGCCCAUACCUCCAGCAGGAACUACUGUAGGCACUAAUGGUGCAGCUUUUACGGUUCCUCCGCCUGGCUAUUCCCAUUAUGGGCCUCCGCCUGGAUACCCUCCAUCUUACCUCCCACCUGGAUAUGCACCUCCAACAAUACCACAAGAAGCUACAUAUGCGUGGCAACCUCCCCCUGGUUAUACUCAUAACUUUGUUUCAGGGUAUCCAGGAUAUAAUCCAGGAUAUAUGGCUCUUCCGCCUGGUUACUCGUCCAUUACUCAACCACCACCAGGGACGAGUAUACCAGGUCAAACCCCUUAUCCUCCAUAUUUUGGUGCUGGUUACCCAGCGUCUCAAGAUCACAGUGAUUCUACUCACAAAAGUGGGCAGUAUCACGACCCAACGAUAAAUGCAGUGCUUGACACUGUUAUUGAAGAAUUAAAGAAUAUUCUUAAACGCGAUUUUAACAAGAGAAUGAUUGAAGCAACGGCUUUCAAAACAUUCGAGGCUUGGUGGGAUGAACAGGAAAGAAAGUUCAAGGCCCAAGCAGCGGAAAAAGAAACCAAUUCAGAGAUAGCUGGCCCACAAGCCCGGAUAGAGAAAAUUAAUUCUAUAUCUACAUUGCUGGAGACAAGAGAAGGCUUUGGACUUGAUUCUUUGGGUUCUUUAGGCCUUGGUUUCCGAGCAGCAAUGCCAAAAAUGCCUUCAUUUAGAAAAAUUCGUAAAAUUAAGCCGCCCUCUCCACCGUGUAUGGAUGAAGAUAGUCGAGGAAUGGGUUCAGAUGAAGACAGUAAGCAGUCGAGACAAAAAGCAGAGGAGUCAUCAGAUUCCGACUCUGGCCCUGACGACCUUCUUCCUGUACCAAUCACCAAGCCAUCACCUUCGGUAAAGAGAAAACCGAAGUGGUCAUCCGGCGACUCAGUAAGGAGUGAUAUGUCAUCUGGUGAGGAAGAGGAGAAGGAAGAGUCAUCAUCCUCCUCUUCCUCCUCUUCCUCAGAAUCAUCUGAGUCCGAGUCAUCAUCAUCAUCGUCUGACACUGAAGAGGAGGAAGAGGAACCAGAGGAACUUAAGGAGUUGCGUCGUUUGGAAGCAGAGUUUGACGCUCAUGUUAGAUCAGCAGUGGAAUCAGUCAUGCGUACUCCAGAGCAUGACCGUCCAGCAACUCCUUUGCCUGAUCUCCUCCCUGACCAGAUGGAAGAUACUUGGAUGGAUGAAUCUCCUCCCUCACCUGUAAUAAAGCAGACACCAGUUCCCCCUCCAAUAAAGAAAUCUCCUCCUACUAAGAGUAAACAGUUGCCAAAGAAAACCGAAUCGCCUGCCACACCGAAGAAACCAAAGAAAUCUCCCGUUACUGCUGUGAAAAAAGAGAAGGCCCAAAAACCGAAGGAGAGAAGAAAAGAAAUUGUGAAAGUUAAAAAGCCUCCAGAUACUGUACCCCAUGACUCAGGUUCAGAGACUGACACAGCCGAUGAAAAAAGUGAUCUGGACGAUGGCUUGGGAGAAUCGGCAGAAGCAGCAGAAGCAUUGAUGGCCUUAGCAGGGGCAGAUGUCAAUGGCAGAGUCAGAUCUACUUCCUCCUCUUCUAGCACAUCCUCUUCAUCAGCUUUAAGUCGACUUUCUGGAUCCACUGGAGAAGAGCAGAGGUCUCCAGUCCUCAUGGAACACAGUUAUUGUCUACCAUGGGCACCUAAAGAUGGAAGAGAUGCCUCAUUCUUGCCUCCGGAAGAUAUGGCCAAAAAAGGUUUUAAAGUCAUGGGUGGUUCAGACCAUGACUACACUCGCACGUGUACACCGCCAAAGAGUGACAAGACUAAGGCUUCUAAGACUGCAACGAAAUUCACCACUCCUAAGCCAAGAGGGAAGGAGAACAGAGAGUUGCAAAUCAAGAAGGAAGGUCUUGAUAAAAGAAAAACAACACCUCCAGUUCUACCCAAAUCUGCAACCAUACCUACCUACACGCCGCGUAACCAGAUGGAAGAAUACAAUGUCCUCUAUUCAUUUCUUAUACGAGGUAUUGACCAGGAAGAUAUUGAACUUCUCAAAAGAAGCUAUGAAGGCAUGCUGGCAGAUGACAGCCAGUCAUACUGGCUGAACGAUACUCACUGGGUUGAUCAUCCACCGACAGAUAUCCCACUCCCACCAAAAAAAAAGAGGAGAUUGGAUGAUCUUCCUAUACAUAAAUCGGGCUGUGCUCGUACUGAAGGCAUUUACAAAGUAGACUCCAAGCAGAAACAGAGGCAUAAAUUUACAUUCCAUCAAGAUCAUGCAGCGAGAGCUGCAGAAGACCCUCAGCAACAGAGCCUUGCAGUCCUGGAGUCUAGUAAGGCUAAGCUUACUCAGAUGGCUGUGAGCAGGGAAGUGCGCUCAUUCCAGAGACGACUUCUUACAGCAUUUGGCAAUGAGACAGACUCUGAUUUGCUCAAGUUUAAUCAGCUCAAGUUCCGAAAGAAACUCCUGAGGUUCGGUAAAUCACGUAUUCAUGACUGGGGAUUGUUUGCAAUGGAAGCAAUUGGAUCAGAUGAAAUGGUCAUUGAAUAUGUUGGCCAAAGUAUACGAUCCAUCAUUGCUGAUCUGAGGGAAAUCCAGUAUGAAAAAAUUGGUAUUGGAUCAUCUUACCUGUUCCGCAUCGACUUGGAAACCAUCAUUGAUGCUACUAAGUGUGGCAAUCUAGCACGUUUCAUUAACCACUCUUGUAACCCAAACUGUUAUGCAAAAAUAAUUUCCGUAGAAACUCAAAAGAAGAUAGUAAUUUAUUCAAAACAACCUAUUGCUUGUGGUGAAGAAAUAACAUAUGACUACAAGUUCCCAAUUGAAGAAGAGAAGAUUGUAUGUUUAUGUGGUGCUUCACAGUGUAAGGGAACACUUAAUUAAGGAGUUGUAAUGAGUUACAUCAGAAAAGCAUGAUAGUACUCUCGUCAGGGCAUCAUUGUGGGCGCAACAGCAAGAACCGGUGAUACGGAAAUAGGUAAUUUACUUGGCAUUUAAACGUGAAGUUGUGAAAGCUAAAAAAAUAAUCUUUAAAAUUUAUUUCAUGUAAUUUAUGGUCGUCAUUGGUAUAUAUUUAUUUUGCUACAUUCUCUUAUUCUAAAUAUUAUAUAUGGUAUUGUAUAAUAAAUUCUGAGAUAAACUGUAUGUAAAUAACUAAAUUAUAAUUAAUUGUACAAAUUAAAUUGAAGGUCAUUUAUUUAAUAAAUAAGACCUUAUUUUUAUUUAUGAAAAAAAUUGGUUUUUAC